UUUGAUGUCAUAGGCGGAUCCGUCUGCGCAGCUACGUCUGAAGUCGAACACAGCACGUGACACGUGCGUGAACAGAUCAGCUGAGAGCUCGCAGCCUCGGACUUUCACUCAGGAAAUCCAGGUUUGGUGUACUCGCUUGUAAAGAUUUUCAUCAUGUUUGAGCCAAGUAAAGUUGAUGCAAAUGAGCUGGCACAGAAUAUAGGCUCAAACAUCCAGAGAAUAACAAGGCUUACCAAUGAAAUCCAGCAAAUGAUAAAUCAACUUGGAACGGCACAAGAUACAACAGACCUGCGACAAAGUUUACAGCAGAAACAGCAAAAUGUCAAUCAUCUUGCUAAAGCAACAGAUAAAUGGGUGAAGGAGUUUAGCUCCUUACCUGUGACCACAGAACAGCGGCAGAGGAAAAUCCAACGAGAACGUCUCAUCAAUGAGUUCUCCAAUGCCCUGGGUGUCUUUCAAAGGACUCAGCGAGAAGCAGCGAGAAAAGAGAAAGAGUUUGUGGCGCGUGUCCGUGCGAGCUCAAGAGUUUCAAGUGGUGGUACAGAUGAUGUGAAUAUAGGAUUCGCUGCCCCCUUUGGAAGCGAAAUUCAAACUCAGACUCAAAGCUUUGAGGAGAUCACAGAAGAAGACCUGCAGCUCAUUCAGGAAAGAGAAACAGCCAUUAGACAGCUGGAGUCGGACAUCACAGACAUUAAUACAAUCUUCAAAGACUUGGCUGUGCUGGUGCAUGAACAGGGAGACAUGAUUGACAGUAUAGAGGCCCACGUAGAAACCGCAGAUCAGAGCGUGCAGUCGGCCACACAGCAGCUGUCCAGAGCUGCAAACUACCAGAAGUCAUCCCGCAAGAAGAUUUGCAUCUUGAUCGCUAUCUUGGUCGUGGUUGGCGUUGUUGGUGGUUUGAUAAUCUGGGGUAUUGUCAAAAAUUGAGGCUUUCAUCUCCAUCGAACACUUCACAAAAUCUGCACUAAAAUGAAUUUUGGAGGUUUUGUAUUAAAAGUUGUUUUGUAACAUUAAAGGAAUGUUCUGGGUUCAAUGCAUCGACAACAUCUGUGGCAUGUCAUCCAUUAUCACUGAAGGAAAAACUUUUAUUACACGGCACACGGAUAAAAUGCUUAAUUCUGAUUGGCCAGUUGCGACAUUCCAAGCCUGAAAUCAGGCAUAAACACACAUAACACAACACACAAAAUGUCUUUUAAUAACAUAUGUUACAUUAUAUUUACAAAUGAUUAAACCUAAUAGUAUGUUUGUGUCAUUUGAACGUCUUUUCUUAUCUUAAAAUCAUUUUCUCUGCUUCGUGUUGGUUCCUGAUCACACUGUCGGGGUUUAUUUUUGCUAUAACAACCUGCUGCCUAUACAUUAUCCCUUAGUUGGUUGAAACAAGGAAUAGAAAUUUGUAUUUAUGCUUUUAUGAGCCCAUCAAACAAAUCAGCCACUAACUUUUGCUAUACCAUAAUGAAAUACUAACAAUAUGAAUUUAUUAAAAAGUUAUUUUGUCAUAUAGAAAGAUGCUCAUUUAUGCAUUUGGUUUUUACCACCAAAUAAACUUGCAGUGCAUUACAAGGUAUACAUUUUAAUCAGUAUGUGUGUUCAAACCCAUGACCUUGCAUUGCGCUGCUAAUGCAAUGCUCUACCACUGAGUUAUACAGGAGCACAAAUAGAUGAAGUAGUUAUGGCAUUUAUAAGACCAACCCUGACCCCGACAUGCCACAGAUGCUAUUGAGAUUGAAUUUUUAAUUGUAUUUGACUUGAAACAUUCAUUAGAAUUUGUAGAUUUUUUUCCACUGUAAUCAUAGCAUAUAAUAACAGGACAGUUCAUUUGUCACCCAUCUCAAUUAGUGUAAAAUAUUGUGAGCUUGUUAUAUUUCUGAUAGUAAAAUGACAGUAUGAACUUGCUGCUAGAAAUGUAAGAGCAUCUGGUUUUUAAACUAGACUCAGACACGGAAGAUACACUGCUAGUCAAACGUUUGAUUAAAUAACUCCCAUAUUAA